AGACUGAUGAACAGAUAGAGUGGUGGAUAGAACAGCUGAAGGCUUAGGUCCCCCCAACCCUUAUACUCCCUGAUGGGUGGGGGAGCUGUACCCCUCUCCCUAGGGGAUGCUGUGGGUUCCUGGGCGCCGGGCACCCGGGCCGCCAGCUGAGCCCCAGUGCCCGUCCAGUGCCCCCAGGGGUCUAGAUUCCUGCGGCCAGGGAGAGGGGGAGCAGUCCGAACACAGCGGGGAGCCGGGGCAGGGAGGGAGCUCCAGGCCCCGGACCCGAGGGCAUGGAGCGACUGGGAGAGAAAGCCAGCCGCCUGCUGGAAAAGCUGAAGCUCUCCGAUUCCGGCAGCGCCAAGUUUGGCCGCAGAAAGGGGGAGUCGAGCCGGUCAGGGCCUGAUGGGACCCCUGCUCCCGGAAAGGGGAGAUUGAACGGGUCCGGGGGCCCCAGGAAUCCUGGGACCCGGGGAACUCUCGGAGAAUCUGAGGAUGAACCACUGGAAGCAGCCCGGGAGCAGGGCCCCUUGGAAGCUGAGCGAAUCCGACGCUACUCCUUUGAGGCGCCGCGCUACGAAGUUACUUUCCCCGGCGGGGCACCCCAGCCCCGGGCCUUGCCUCUACCCCAAUCGCUGCUCCCCGACUUGCGUCUGGAGACUUUGGCCCCCACCUUAAGCCCGCGUUCUAGCUUCGCCAGCAGCUCCGCGAGCGAUGCCAGCAAGCCGUCUAGCCCCCGGGGCAGUCUGCUCCUGGACGGGGCGGGGAGCUGCGGAGCUGGUGGCAGCCGGCCUUGCAGCAACCGAACCAGUGGCAUCAGCAUGGGCUACGACCAACGCCACGGGAGCCCCCUGCCCACUGGGCCAUGCCCCUUUGGCCCUCCCUUUACUGGGGCUCCUACAGGCUUUCCUCCAGGAGGUGUCCCCUCUGCCUACCCCGACCUCCAUGCUGCCCUAGACCGUCUUUGCGCUCACCGGCCCACGGGUUUCGGCUUUCAAGAGAGCCGUCAUUCGUACCCACCGGCGCUGGGUAGUCCUGGGGCCCUGACCGGGACUGGGAUGGGAGCGACUGGGCCCUUAGAGAGGCGAGGGGCGCAGCCUGGACGACAUUCUGUGACCGGCUACGGGGACUGCGCGGCAGGCGUCCGCUACCCAGAGGAGCUGGCAGCGUUGCUGCGGCUAGCUGUGGGAACCGGAGGGCGGGAACCAGGCGCCCACGGGGAACCCCCAGGUACAGAAUCCUCUGGCCCUGAAGAGCCGCCUGGCCCCUUCCCACUAGAGGCAGGCCGGGGUCGGGCCCGGGAACUUGAGUCCAAGGAGGACUACUUCGGCACAUGUAUAAAGUGUAACAAGGGCAUCUAUGGGCAAAGCAAUGCCUGCCAGGCCCUGGACAGUUUGUACCACACCCAGUGCUUUGUCUGCUGCUCUUGUGGGAGGACACUUCGAUGCAAAGCCUUCUACAGUGUCAAUGGCUCUGUCUACUGUGAGGAGGAUUACUUGUUUUCAGGGUUCCAGGAAGCAGCAGAAAAAUGUUGUGUCUGUGGUCACUUGAUCUUGGAGAAGAUCCUGCAGGCAAUGGGAAAGUCUUAUCACCCGGGCUGCUUCCGCUGCAUUGUCUGCAACAAGUGUUUGGAUGGCGUACCUUUCACUGUGGACUUUUCCAACCAGGUGUACUGUGUCACCGACUACCACAAAAAUUAUGCCCCAAAAUGUGCUGCUUGUGGCCAGCCCAUCCUCCCCUCAGAGGGCUGCGAGGAGAUCGUGAGGGUGAUAUCCAUGGACCGAGAUUACCACUUUGAGUGCUAUCACUGUGAGGACUGUCGAAUGCAGCUGAGUGAUGAGGAGGGCUGCUGCUGCUUCCCCCUGGAUGGACAUCUGCUCUGCCAUUCCUGCCACAUGCAGAGGAUCAACGCUCACCAGGGCACUGCCAACUAUGUCUGAGCUGCCACCUCCAUCAGUUCCUUCUGGCUCCCAAACUCCAGCAGUCCAACCCCUCCCAGGCAGUGAGCAGUGGAGAGCCCAUUGGGGUGGAGGUGAGGGGUACAGGAAAGAAGGCAGGGCGGGUGGGUGUACUGCAGGGCAGAUAGAGGAUAAGUUGGAGAUGUAAAGACCCAAAGAGGAUGAUAACCCAUUUGGGUUGGAGAGGAAUCUUUCCCAGUACCCGAAGAAUUCUCACGCAGUGAGCAACUAACUACAGAACCUCUCAGAGCCAAGAAUUAGUCCCCCUUCAGGCUCUGAAAACAGCAAUGUGGCAAAUCCACAAGUACACACAGAGUCAUGUCCCAGCAUAUGCUGCUUCCUUCAGGGCUUUCCAGUUUCCCUUGUGGACAUACCUGCAAAACCCAAGCAGAAUUCCUGUUUGGAAAAACUAGGAGAAAGCAAAGACCUCCUGAGGGCUUAGACUCUUACCUCUGUCCCUUAUGAAUGGUGUCAGCUACCCCUGGGGGAAAGGGGAAUGGGACCUGUGUUCCUACCACCAAAGCUACAGGGCCAGCAAAGGGGCACAGUAAACCUCUUAGCCAAUGGGAGAGAAGAAAGUUCUCCAGACUCCAUGGGACUUUCCGUCUCCUAGGGCUGCCCAUUAUAAGGUGUGAUGUUGGUGCCAGCCAGCUUCCUAUUACCCUGCUGCCUGUUUCUCAGGGACUCCGUGAUGCAGGCUUUAGGGAGCUGGGAGAGCACGUGGACUGAAUUUAUCUGUCCUCUUUGCUUCCCCAUCCUAAGGCUGGAGGACAUAGGGAAGCUGCCCAAUGAAGUCCAUUCCAGGGUGGCUAGUAGUUAAGCCCCAUAGACUGCUGUCCCAGAAAGCCUCACACCAGCCAAAUGCACCCUACCCCUUGUGCUCCUGUGCCCCAUCAUAUCCAUCUCAUGGUCUCCCAUCACCAUUUAGCUUCAGAGUAUCCUGUCAUCCUACUGAUCAUUCAGGAAAUCCAGGAUUACAUACACUGGUACCUUACCCCACCCCAGAUCCUGGUCUGGGCUCCAGGGAGCCAGAGGGAAGUAAGCACUUUUGAGACUUGGCCUCUUCUUAGUCAUGAUUCAUUCUCAAAAUGAUGAUCCCUUGGGCUAAAAAUCCUAUGUUUUGGGGAUGUUCAAGACAUCCUAGCAGAACAAGGGGCUGAGGGGGUGGGGACAACCUUGGUAAGGACUUUUUCCAGUCAUUAGGAAUGAGGAGGCAACAAGCUUGACUAUACAGGUCGUGAGUGCCAGGGACCUCUAGGCUUGGAGAAUACUCUUCUGUACCCAGGAGUAAAGAGGCCCUGUCUCUCCCCUAGGCAACUGGGACCCUAAAAAUCUUACCAUCAUCUUUCUUUCAAAGAGGCUGUUUAUAUUUUUAGAUGAUUCUUUCCGUUUCAUUUUCUCCUCUUCUUGCCCUAUAACUCCACACUCCAAGAAGUGGCAGGAUGGGCAAAAUGCACUUUUUGGAAAUGCAUUAAAUUGAGAUCUGUUCUGUGUCUUUUGUUACUG